AUGUACUAUCCCCACGGCCCUCCCCCUCCUCAGGGACACUCAGGACCGCCUCCCCAAUGGGGCUAUCCCGGACAACACUGGCGGCAACCCCCGCCUCAGCCCUAUCCCCCUCAGCCCUACGGUCAUCACCCGCAGCCGUCAUAUCCAGGUCCCAACCAUGCACCCUACCCCCCCUCGCCUUAUCCUCCUUAUCCCCAAUAUCCUCCUGCUCAGGCUCCAUCACCGUAUGGUCACUCUCCUUCUCCUCACCCCUCUCACCAGCAUCAUCUGAGUGCGCCCCAGAAUGGUAGGUCGCUGCACAGGAUCAAAGAUUGUUGA